AUGCUGGACGGCAUUGAAGAACCCGAGAAUUACUGUGUGUACUUUGACAAUUUCUUCACUAGUAGAGAUCUUCUGAUUCAUCUGAGAAAUUUGGGUUUUCGAGCAACUGGGACUGUCAGAGAGAAUCGAGUUGGUGACUGUCCACUACUGAGCAGCAACGAACUGAAAAAGACAGUUCGAGGAAACUAUGACUACCAUAUGGACAGAAAUGGUGAAGUCUUAUUUGUUCGAUGGCACGACAACAGAUGCGUUACAGUUGGUACAAAUUAUGACAAAGUUGAACCUUUGGGAGCAGCUAUGCGGUACAGUAGACAAGCAAGUAAGAAGACACAAGUGCAACAACCUGCCGUUUUGAAGUCGUAUAACGCGUACAUGGGAGGUGUUGACCACCAUGACUGGUUAGUUGGAAAAUAUGCGACGGUAAUUAGAGGGAAAAAUGGUACUGGGUCCUACUUACACGUAUACUGGAAAUGGCCCUCGUAA